GCCCUUAUCUGCAUUCAUUCCAUGCACAUAAAUACACGGGGUAGGAACUACAGCUUCUGCCCAGAAUGGCCUGUGAGUGGUGGGAGGAGUUUCACGACUUUCUCCAGGGAUAAGGAACACGCUCAGAGGCUCAGCCUGAGUCAUGCACGAAUGCUGUCACACCCUUUCCCUGCAGAGGACCCGGGCGGGCUUCCUGUCCACAGAGCACAGCAGAACCCCGUCCUACAGAGAGAACCAGGGUGCCGGCGCAUGGAGCCGAGGUGAACCCCCCCCAGUCCUGCACACUAGAGAGAGGCGGCUCAGAUCAAGAUGAGAGCCGCCGUCUUUGCAGCCUUUGGGGCACUGCUUCUGUCGCCUGCUUCCUGUCAAAGCGGCAUGGAAUAUGAUGCAGACAACUUGGCAGUGCCAACCUUGCCUAUUAAGACCUUCCGUGGAGCUCCCCCAAAUUCUUUUGAAGAGUUUCCCCUUUCUGCCAUAGAAGGCUGGACAGAAACCACCAAAACCGUAAAAAUCAAGUGCCCUGAAGAACUUGAUUCAAAUCUCCAUGUGAAUAAUGCUACCAUGGGGUACCUGAGCAGCACUUUAAGUACCAAAUUGAUACCCACCAUCUACAUCCUGGUGUUUGCAGUAGGAAUGCCGGCCAAUACAGUGACCCUGUGGAUGCUCUUCUUCAGGACCAGAACCAUCCGGAUGACCAUCUUCUACACCAACCUGGCCAUUGCAGACUUUCUGUUUUGUGUUACACUGCCCUUUAGAAUAGCUUACCAUCUCAAUGGGAACAACUGGGUAUUUGGCGAGGUCAUGUGCCGGGCCACCACGGUCAUCUUCUACGGCAACAUGUACUGCUCCAUUCUGCUCCUCGCCUGCAUCAGUAUCAACCGCUACUUGGCCAUCGUUCAUCCUUUCACUUACCGGGGACUGCCCAAGCGCACCUAUGCCUUGCUAACCUGUGGACUGGUGUGGACAAUGGUUUUCUUGUACAUGCUGCCAUUUUUCAUUCUGAAGCAGGAGUACUAUCUUGUCCAGCAGGACAUCAGCACCUGCCACGAUGUCCACAACACAUGUGCGUCCUCGUCGCCCUUCCAGCUCUACUACUUCAUCUCCUUGGCAUUCUUUGGGUUCCUAAUCCCAUUUCUGGUCAUUGUCUACUGCUACACAGCCAUCAUCUGGACGCUUAACGCAAAAGAUCGGAGGUGGCUGUGGUACAUUAAGGCGAGUCUCCUCACUCUUGUGAUUUUCACCAUUUGCUUUGCUCCAAGCAAUCUCAUCCUUAUUAUUCACCAUGCAAACUACUACUACAGCAACACCGAUGCCUUAUACUUUGUCUAUCUCAUAGCGUUGUGCCUCGGUAGCUUGAAUAGUUGCCUAGAUCCAUUCCUUUAUUUUCUCAUGUCAAAAACCACAGAUCACUCUACUGCUUACCUUACAAUGGUGAAAUCAUCUUAGAGAACAAGGAAAGCUAUCUGUGAAAAGAUACAUUCUUGAGGUAACAUAUGCAUAGAGCUCUAUUCUCCAGCUCCAUUUUUAAGCUCCUAAAACACAAUGCUUCAAAAUAAAGCAUUACAUACACCCUAGCUUUUUUCAAAAAAAGUGUCAAUGCAGGAGAAAAGAUACCUCUCCUCUCUUCAUGGCAACUGACACAUCGGCCCGACUGGUACUUCAAGCUCUUGAAAUAUCCGUCUUCCCUACUUCUAAGAGGUUUCUACUCUAGAUGACUUGAAGGUUGAGGAUGGAGCAGGGGGGCAAGGGUGCAGCAGGGGCGGGGGCGGUUAAGAUCUCUGCUUUUAGUAUCUGGGUCAUUUUUAAUUCUUCUGCCUCCUUCAACUCUCAGGCUGCUGGCUGCCUCUUCAGCUGAUUCUAUGUGCAUAGUAUCUCUCAGUACAUCUGUUGUCCAGGCCCACCUCUGCCUUCUAACCAUUCUCAUCACCGCCAGCCUGUCCUCCACUUCUCAGGCCACUGUUAGAUUUGUUCUUGCUUAGUUACUAAGUCACGUCUGACUCUUUUGUGAUCUCAUGAACACAUGAUCUCAUGUAGCCUGCCACACUCCUCUUCCUCUGUCCACGGGAUUUCCCAGGCAAGAAUACUGGAGUGGGUUGCCAUGAUUAAUCUUUCUCAAAUGCCAGUUUGAAUAUAUCACUCAAAUCUCCCAGUUUAGAAACCUCCAUUGACCAUUCACUGCUUUGGAAUAAAUUAUAAAGAUUUAGAUUAGCACUCAGGACUGACACUAACUUUAUCUACCGGAAAACACGCAUGGGAUGUAAGCACUGGCUGAGCUUCCCCUUUUUCUAUAAUCUACACUUCUCCUCAUUCUGCCCCUGCCCUCACUGGAAAGCUAUUUCUAAUAUGUUUGCCUUAAUUCUUUCCAUCUCUCGAAGUCCUCAAAGGGCCACUCUUCCCUGACUCUCUAGUCAGAAGUUCAUUUUCCUCAUCUGAACCUUCAAAAAACUUUUUUGUAUUUCUAUUAUGGCACUUUAGAGAGCUCACUUGUAUACAGAUGUUAAUUCCAUAAGCACUUACUAAGUACCAUAUGCAGUAGAGAAAGGGCUUGUCCUCUCCUUCUCUAAGUUUCUAGUAAUAAUGUCAGGCCCAAGUCUUCCCAGGGUCUGUGGGGCAAGGCUUCAUGCUUUGCACAUCCUGUGGUUGAAUGAAUGAAAUAAUAAAAUCUCAAGGCACCUAAACAGCAUGAAAGUCAAUUAAACUCAUACUGAGAAGGCAAGGCAGUCCAUAUGACAGGGCAUAAUAUUUCUGGUUGGCCGCAUCAAAAAAGAAAAAAAAAAGAAAGCUAAGAAUAUAUUCAAGAAGUCACUUAUAAGUUUAAAAUAAUGGCUCCAUUAUUUUUGUCCUUAAACAUAGUUUUUAUGGGAAAAUGAUAUUUUGUGAUAAUCUUUCCCUCAGUUUAGACAUCAGACAGAAGGUGAUUAUUAGUGGUUAAGGGCAUAAAGGAUUGUGAGAUGAAUUUUCAAAUUUGUAGGAACAUGCAUUGACUGUACACUUUGUAGUGCCCAUCAAAACAAUAAAAGACAUUUUAAAUGCUG